AUGACCAAACCUGAUCAGCAGUCCUCCUCCAAUCCUAAGACGACCCCCACCCUUCAUCCUGCCUACUCUAUCUCAAACAUACAAUCAAAAAUCAGAACCCUUGAUGGCACCUCUGUUACGUAUUCCUCCUGGGUAAAGUUGUUCAAGUUUCAUUCAGUUGCAUAUCGGGUCAUCAAUCACAUCGAUGACACCCCACCACCAGAUUCCGCUGAUCCAACAUAUACGGAUUGGAAGGAAUUAGACGCUCUGGUCUCCCAAUGGAUUUAUAGCACAGUUUCUGAUGACCUACUUACUCGAAUUCUUGACACAGAUGCAUCAGCCCGUACCACUUGGCUAAAGCUUGAAAAAAUCUUUCUUAGCAAUAAGAAAGCCAAAGCAGCAGCUCUUGAAACACGGUUCGUAAACCUCACCCUUGCGGCCUGUAGCUCAGUUGACGACUAUUGCAAACAAUUAAAGGAUAUAGCAAAUCAAUUCGACGAUGUUGGCGAGCCGGUGACGGAAUCACGUCUAGUACUUCAAUUGGUUCGUGGCCUCUCUCAAGAAUAUGACACCACAGCUUCUUUAAUUAACUCACAGGAUGUAGAUUGGGAUCUUGCCAGAUCCAUGCUAAACGAUGAAGUCAUCCGUCAGGCUGCUCGUCAGCAGCAAUCUUCAUCCGUUUUAGUCGCCUCAACCGUCCCAAACUCAACAACCCAGUCGCAACAGCCCUCUGCAGCAACAUCCUCACCUGAUAACACAACUGCAACCAACUCAGGCUCCUACCAGUCCAAUUAUCGAGGCCGGGGUCUUGGAAAACAUGGUCAAAAUUACCGUAGACGGGGUGGACGUGGACGUGGCUACCGGGGGAACCCUACGGGGACUUCAUGGCAAUUCCAGAACUCAUAG